UGCUCAGUACUACUACCUACCUUAUCUUCUUAAGGGGGGGAGCCAGAAGCUAUCUCAAAUCAGCUUCAUCUCAAAAUUAAAUGGCGUCGACUCUCUCGCUCUCGCACCGCUCUUUCCCAUCAUUGGCCACGCUGCCAACUCUUUCACCUGAAAUUCCGGCCUUCUCCGUCGUUCCAAAAUCAUCCCUCGCUUCUCAAUUUUGCGGCCUUAGACUCUCCUCAACAACCCCACCAUCAUCUCCGUCGAUCUCUCCUUCAUUCAAGACUCGCAUUUCCGCCAAGGUGAACAAAGGUCAGGUACCCCCAAGUUUCACCUUGAAAGACCAGGAGGGAAGGAAUGUGUCUCUCUCUAAGUUCAAAGGAAAGCCUGUUGUUGUAUACUUCUACCCUGCUGAUGAAACUCCGGGUUGCACUAAACAAGCAUGUGCCUUUAGAGAUUCAUAUGAGAAAUUUAAAAAGGCAGGAGCAGAGGUGGUUGGAAUUAGUGGCGAUGAUUCAUCGUCACAUAAGGCCUUUGCAAAGAAAUACAAACUACCAUUCACGUUACUAAGCGAUGAAGGAAACAAGAUUAGGAAAGAUUGGGGAGUUCCAUCUGACCUGUUUGGAACUCUUCCAGGACGGCAGACUUACGUUCUUGACAAAAAUGGAGUUGUUCAACUCAUCUACAACAAUCAGUUCCAGCCCGAGAAACACAUCGAUGAGACCUUGAAACUCAUUCAAAGCCUUUGAUCUUUGUCUUCCUUCUCUCGCCAGCCAUUAAUUAAUAAUCAUCUUAUGUAUUUCAAUUUCAUUUCCGCCCUUUGUAUAUUUAUUUAUAUAUUAAAUGAUGAUUUAUAUA